UUUUUUUUUUUUUUUUUUUUGCUUUAUUGUUAUAAGAUGUGAAGAAACGAAUCUCCGAUGCUGUGGAGGAUAAACAGGAAGCUGUAGCGGUAACAACUGCAAUUCAAGAGGAGAUAUUCUUGGAGAUGGGAAUUGACCCGGGAUUUGGUAUUGGGUGCUUGGGAAAGCUGAACUCUGCAUAUGAAAAUGAUAAAAAGUUGAUGAUUGGUUUCUACAAGUUCCUCGCUAGGGAGGAGAUGGCAUGUGAAGAAGCUGAGCUCGGACCAGAUGGAUUUGAACAGAAAAUGAUAGCACAACAACUGUUACAAGAACAGCAACUAGAGAUGCUUAAGUAUAUACGUAAAUUUCCUCUAGAUGACCAAUCUGCUAUCCUUCAAAAGCUUCAAAAGCAACUAGAAAGUGCGGAUUUUGAGCCUGAGGCGUCACUUUUGUCACGAGAGAAUAUAGAGGAAGCAGGGAGAAGAAGAGUGUCACCUGUAUUUGGCAGCAGAUAGCUUUUCAGUUCUCACAAGUUUCUUCAAAUUCUAUACUCAAGUCUCUCUUGUCUCAUGCCAUCUCCAUAUACUCUUUUUUAACGUUAAUUUUUAAAAAGAAGGAAGUUGCAUUAAAUUCUUCUUUGUA